UCUACUCAUUGGGCCUGCGCAGUGUAAAACUGACGGAGAGGAGGGGCUGGCGGCAAGAUGGCUGCUGCUGCGGCCGGUGUGGGCCGGCUAGAGGAAGAAGCGUUGCGGCGAAAGGAACGGCUGAAGGCCCUGCGGGAGAAAACCGGGCGCAAGGACAAGGAAGAUGCGGAGCCAAAGACCAAGCAGCUUAGAGAAGGGGAGGAGGAGGGCGAGAAGCACAGGGAACUCAGGCUGCGGAACUAUGUCCCCGAGGAUGAGGACCUGAAGAGGAGGCGGGUGCCCCAGGCCAAGCCCGUGGCAGUGGAAGAGAAGGUGAGGGAGCAACUGGAGGCCGCCAAGCCCGAGCCAGUCAUUGAGGAAGUGGACCUGGCCAACCUCGCACCCCGGAAGCCGGACUGGGACCUCAAGAGAGACGUAGCCAAGAAGCUGGAGAAGCUGGAAAAGCGGACCCAGAGGGCCAUCGCCGAGCUGAUCCGUGAGAGGCUGAAAGGCCAGGAGGACAGCCUGGCCUCUGCAGUGGACGCCACCAAUGAACAAGAGGCCUGCGACUCCGACUGAGGCCUGCCCCGUGGGAGGAAGGUGUUGGACAGGGUGCGGGCUGAGCUGGCCAUCACUUCCCGUUUGCCUUCAGAGCAGUGGCUCCCCACCCCAUCAGGGGGAGCCCGCCAUGGGGAGAGCCAGCUCCCUGUCUCCCGAGCAGCUCUGUGGCCUGCGCACGGAUGUGUACGUGUAUAAAUUGUGGACUUUCUUUUCUGUAAAUAGAAAUAAGCAGA